AUCCCACCUAUUCACACACCCCUCCAAGGCCUGAUUCCAGCUACUUUGAGCUGUAUAAAUAAAGAGCUCUGGACAGCUCCUUUCACCCAUUUUUUCCCAACGAACAUCCACAUUUGGGGGCACCCAUCUUGCACAGCAGACGAGACGUGGUGCCCGUUCCAUGAAAACCCUUGACCAACAACCCUAGCAAGGAAGGAGAGGAGCCGUCCCUGGGCUCCGUAAUAUCAUGGCCAGCACAGAGUGGACAGAGGUGGAGAAGGCCAUCCAGAAAAUCGCCAACGUCUUCACAACCCACGGAGGCAAGAAGGGCAUGCUGACCACUGGCGAAUUCAAGGAGCUUGUGGCCUUACAGCUCCCUAACCUCAUGAAGGACGUGGGGGAUCUAGAGGAGAAGAUGAAGAGCUUUAGGAUCGACUGUGACAACGGGUUGAGCAUUGAAGACUUCUGCCAGCUUAUCAGGGAGCUGGCCAAGGAACUCAAGAAGGAGAAAGUGGGGAAGAAGAAAUGAGAUGUGUGUGUGUGUGUGUGUGUUAGGUAAUGUGAGAUAAAAAUCUACAUGGCAGCAGAUAGUAAUUUCCAAAUAAAAGACUUUA